AUGGAACAGAUCAACACGAGAACUGGUUUCAAGCGGCCUGUCAAGAUCGUAGUGACAGCCGAGAUGGUCGGUAGCAGUGUGUCAGAUGAUGCUGUUUUGCUUCUGGACAAGCUUUUGGAUGCGGAUUUCAUGCAGAGCAUCGUGCCGGAGUUGCAAGACAGUUUCCAAGGAUACAGAGUGUUACUCCGAAUCCGUUUCUGCAGGCUGGUCCCAGGAGUAGCCAUGGACGCUACCUCCAGUUCUGCAAGGCUCUCAGAGAUCAAGGUGGCGGGCUUCGUAGACUUGAUGUUUGCUGCCACGGGAGCCCCACGGAGAAUCUUUCGUCCAUUUUACAGUUUGGUCUGGAUCCUGCGAAAACCAGGUACGCAAACCAUGAGAAAGAACUCUCUUGGAAACACCCACUUCCUCUUCAAGGCCUUCUUUAGUAGCGAUUCACUCCCAUCUCCACCAAAAGUUCUUCCCCCUCGAUCACUCCUCGCGAAUCUCAUGCGAGAAUGCAGCUCCACCACGCGAGAUCUCGCCACCGCCCGGAUGAUCCACUCGCGGAUCGUCAGCUCCGGGCUGGAUCGCGACCACCACCUUGGAAACCAGCUCGUCCAGAUGUAUCUCAAAUGCGGCAGCCUCGCCGACGCUCGCAGGGUGCUCGACGCAAUGCCGGCUCGAGGCAAGCUUGCCUGGACCGCGAUCAUCAGCGCUUACGUCCACUCCGGAGAUUUCCACCAGGCCAUCUAUCUCUUCCACUGCCUGCUGCUUGAGGGAGUGAUCCCGGACGCCGUGAGCUUCGUCGCGAUGCUGGGGGCUCUCGCUCUAGAUGAAUCGCAGGAACUGGCAACUUGCGUCCACGGAUGGAUCGUCGAGAGUGGCCUGGAACAGGAGCUAAUCGUUGCCAACGCGCUGAUGAGCAUGUAUAGCAAGAGGCUGGAUCUUCGAAGCUGCUGGAAAGUCUUCGAGAGGAUGCCCGAAAGAAACGUUGUGUCCUGGACUGUGAUGAUCGCAUCGUAUGCCAGGUUGGGGGAGCUUGCCGAGGCAAUGCGGUUGUUUCGAUCGAUGCAGCUGGAAGGUGUGAGGCCAAACGAGAUCACCUUUAGCUCGACGCUAGUGCUCUUCUCUGGUAGUAAAGAUCUUCGUGCUGCGAAGUUGAUCCACGAGCAGAUCGUCGGGUCCGGAUUUGGAGCGGUGACUGUUGUUGCCAAUGCCUGCGUUGGAAUGCUUGCUCGGUGCGGUGAUCUUGCUGCAGCGGCGAGAGUCUUCCACUCCAUGGCUGAGAGAGAUGAAAUCUCUUGGAACGUGAUGAUCAACGCUGCUGCGGAGGAAGGAGAAGCUCCUCGAGUGGCGUCGCUGUUCAUGGAGAUGAUGGCCGAAGGGAGGAGACCGGACAGAGCCACCUUUUUGUCGAUCCUUAGCUCCAUGGAGAAAAACCUUGUCGAUCCUCCAGUUCCUCCGUUUUACCAGCUCGUCUUGAAUUGCAUUGCUGAGAGCGGCUACCAGUCGAGCCUCCAAGUCACGAAUGCGCUCGUCAGCUUCUAUGGAAAGUGUGGUGACGUUGAAGGAGCGAGAAGAGUGUUCCGCUCUAUCAGCUCUCCGGAUGUUAUUUCCUGUACUGCUCUGAUUGCGGCCUUCUCCCAGCGAGCUCAGUUCCAAGACGCUCUGGUAGUUUUCCGGAGAUUGCUUCAUUCUGGAGUUCGUGCCAACCAAGUAACGUUCCUGGAGCUGUUAAGUUCCUGUAGGAGCCUAAGCGACGGCCUUUGGAUUCAUUCCCAGAUUGUGGCUUCUGGAUUCCAGAGUGAGGUGGACGUUGCUGCUGCUUUGGUUGAGAUGUACAGUGGUUGUGGCAACCUGAAGCAGGCGAAGCGGGCCUAUAAUGCUGUGGCAGUGAAGAACCUGGUGCUGUGUAACGUUUACAUUGCGGCAAACGCUCAGAACGGCAAUUCUGAGAGAGCACUGAAGCUCUUCUGGGAAAUGCAGCAGGACGGUGGCUUCAAGCCCGAUGGAAUCACGUUGAAUGCCGUGUUGUCUGCUUGUGCUCACGGUGGCCUGGUCAGUCAAGGUUGUCAGUACUUUGCAGGGAUGAAAUGUGACUACCAACUUACGUGCAAUUCGCAGCAUUACUCGUGUUUGAUCGAUCUGCUGGGCAGAGCUGGGCGUCUUGAUAUAGCCGAGAAAGUUACCACAUCCAUGCCGUUUCCACCCGACCAAUCCGUUCGGAUGGCGUUUCUUGGUGCUUGCAGAACUCACCACGACAAAGAACGAGGAUCCGAGGCAGCCAGACGUGUUCUGCAGCUGGAUCCCUUCGAUCAUUCUGCUUAUGUGGCUCUCUCCCACCUCCAUGCUGAUCAAAGACUGUACAUGUCUCGAUCCUGA